CAUGAAGUUAAAUCCUUUCAAUCAUCAAUGUAUAAAUUCAAUUUGUCGGUGAAUGUGAAUGAAGAAUGAACUCGGAUUGUUAAAAAUAAAAAUAUAAAGGACGAACCUUCUCUUUUUCCUCGACGUCGACCGGUUUCUCUUCGUUUUCUUCCACCGUCAUUUUUCGAAAAUAAAUCAAAACUCUCGGAGGUGAAGCUGUGCGCCCCCGGGGAAACGCUACAUCUAGGAGUGAAAUCGUUUGGUGCAGGCGACAGCUGAUUGCUGUUUCCCAGAAUCAAUCUUCAAGGACUUCGAAGUGCAACAGUCGAAAUGAUCUUCCACUCUUAUCUUAUCUUCACGUCUAUGUAGAACCGUAGAACGGGUUUUUUUUUUACAAUUCCGCCUGUUUUAACUGUCUCGAUGGGUCGGCUUUUGAUUUUCACGGGGGCUAUGGGAUCGAUGUCCAAGUUGUGUAAUAUUAAUCGCACACCGAGGUCAAAUGUAAACAGGCAUUUGACGAUGACACAGCCGCUGGUCAACUUCUCACAGAACUUCACUUUCAAACAGCUGUUCGACCCGGAAAGUUCGACUUACACGUACCUCCUGGGUGACGAUAGCAUCAAAGAAUGCGUCCUCGUCGAUCCGGUGCUCGAGCAGGUCGAAAGAGACCUCCAGGAGAUAAAAGAAAAGGGUUUGAAGCUCAAAUACGCCAUGAACACCCACGUCCAUGCAGAUCAUAUCACCGGCUCAGGACUGCUGAAGAAUAAAACCGGCUGCAAGUCCCUGAUUUCUAAGGCGAGCGGUGCAAGGGCCGACGUACACGUCUCACCCGGGGAUAAAAUCGAGUUCGGUAAUUUCUGCCUCACCGUCAGACCAACACCAGGCCACACGAACGGGUGCGUCACUUACGUCUGCGAAAGCGAGGAGUUCGCCCUGACCGGCGACGCUCUGCUUAUCGGAGGAUGUGGAAGGACAGAUUUUCAAGAAGGAGAUCCAAAAACUCUCUACGAAUCGGUUCAUUCCCAAAUCUUUUCCUUACCGAACCAUUUUAAGCUUUUUCCCGCUCACGAUUACAAAGGAAAGACAGUGACAACAGUCGGCGUCGAGAAAAUGACGAAUCCCAGACUGUCAAAGUCUCUAGAAGAAUUCGUCUCCAUCAUGAAAAACUUGAAUCUGCCUUAUCCGAAAAAAAUAGAUGUUUCUGUACCGGCAAACAAGGUCUGCGGUAUUCAGGAAUAAAAAGAAAUUAUUUCAGAUAUACUCAGAAUUCAGCACUGCAAUGCCAUGCAAUGUUGUAAGGUCCUAAGAAGCAAACCAACCAAGCAAACAUCUUGAAGAUUGAAUGUGACACUAUUUUUCGACAACACACCCCCACAUGAUACUAUAUUAUUUUAAAAUUUUUAAAUGUAGUUUAUUAGCAAAGUAUAAUCUAACCUUUGUUCACAUGGGAUAAAGUCAAUCACAGUAUAAACGAAAUGACAGUACAUAA